AUGAAUAAAAAAUUAUUACAGACAAUAUGACAGUACUUGAAAAUAUUGUGAUAAAUCAUACAGUAUGAAUAAUAAAAAAUUGAAAUAAUAUAUUAGA